UGCGGAGUAGCCCGGAAACAACAAGAGAAGAGAAGAUGGCAGGUGCUGUUUUUGGCAUGCUGCUGCUGUUUGUAUUUAUAAACUUCGGUUCUUUGACGAUUAAAUCGGAGGUAAGCCAUUUAGACGAAGAACAAAUAUUUUCUACCAGCAAGGUCAGCACAGAGGAGGAACAUCAGAAUCAAGUGUCUGAUACAAAUUUUCAUCAUCAUCGCGAUACGUUACAAGACGAAGAACGAACCGAUCCGGCCGAACUUUGGACCUCUCCCGAAUCCCGGUCGCAGCAGUACGAAACUCCGUUGGUGGAAUCCCACGUGGAAGAGGGGAGACAAAAUGAAGCUCCUGCUACCAGAAACGGCUUGGCCGAGUCUGGUCAGCCUCCGAAAGUGAACGAUCGUUUCCAAGAGGAGCUGGUCAUCCGACCGCUUCUAUCCGGGGAUGUCUACUCGAGCUUUCAGUUCAGGACUCGCUGGGACACGGAUUUGUUAAACAAACAGAAGAAAGUUUCUCACUUCAGGCUUUUCCCAAAGUCCUUGGGACAAGUGAUCUCAAAGUUCUCAAUUCGUGAACUGCAUAUCUCCUUCACGCAAGGCUUCUGGAGGACUCAGCAGUGGGGCCCACCAUUCCUGCCGGCACCCCCUGGAGUGGAGCUUUGGGUGUGGUUUGAGCACACAGUACAAGAUGUGGACAGGUCUUGGAAAGAACUGACCAGUGUUUUGUCUGGUAUUUUUUGUGCCUCUCUGAACUUCAUCGACUCUACUAACACCAUACAGCCCAGUGCUUCCUUCAAACCUUUGGGUGUUGCUAAUGUGACUGAUCAGCGUUUCCUUAGAUAUGCAGUUUUACCUCGGGAAGUUGUGUGUACAGAGAACCUCACACCAUGGAAGAAACUUCUUCCUUGUGACUCCAAGGCUGGACUGGCUGUUUUGCUCAAAUCAGAGAAGUUAUUUCAUAGCAGUUUCCAUUCUCAGGCUGUUCACAUACAGCCAAUUUGCCAGGAUUUGCAAUGCAAGAAAACAUCUUGGGAGCUACGCCAGACAUUGAGUGUUGUAUUUGAUUUGCAUGCCACUGGGCAAAGCAAACGUGAAUGGUCUCUGUUCAAGAUGUUUUCUCGCACCUUGACUGAGCCGUGUCCUCUAGCUUCCACAAGCAAGGUUUAUGUUGACAUCACAGAGACAUCUAAGGGAGAUGAUUUGAUUGAAGUGGCACCUGCUGUGACCUUACAGAUGCAGGCUGUUGUCCUUGGAGAUCGACGGAAGUACAUGGUGUACGACCUUAUGACUCCAGAGCCGUAUGGCAGUCUGCGCUCUCUCAAUAUUCUGCUAAAGUGGAAACUGCAGGACAGUGAGGAGAUGCUGCCACCCAUUCUUCAUGCUGAGCGCUAUGUGGGAGGUUAUGGCCUUCAGACAGGAGAAAUCCACACGCUUAUCUACAACAAUCAUCCAUUUCGUGCAUUCCCUAUACUUCUGAUGGAGUCGGUGCCCUGGUACCUGCGCUUAUACAUUCACACGCUGUCUGUCAUUAGCAAGGGUCGUGAAAACAAACCUAGUUAUAUCCACUAUCGGCCAUCAAAGGAUCGACAGUACCCUCACCUUCUUGAGAUGUUAGUGCAGUUGCCCCCAAAUUCCAUCACCAAGGUAACCGUGCAGUUUGAGAGGGCACUGCUCAAAUGGACAGAAUACCCUCCAGAUCCAAACCAUGGCUUCUAUGUCAGCUCUUCAGUCCUUAGUGCCCAGGUACCAAGUGCAGUUGCUUUGGAUGCCAAUCAUACAACAGAGGAACCCCUUUUCACCAAUCUAUUCCCUAUUAUGGAGGAGUCCAGCUACUUCAUGCGUGUUUACACAGAACCUCUUCUGGUCAAUUUGCCCACACCAGACUUCAGCAUGCCCUACAACGUCAUAUGUCUAACUUGUACAGUGGUGGCUGUUGGUUAUGGCUCUCUCUACAAUCUGCUAACCCGAACUUUUCAGGUUGAAGAGCCUAGUGCUGGCCUAGCCAAGCGUAUCGCUAAUGUCAUUCGCAGACUACGAGGAGUGCCACCACUAUAACAAGAUAAUGGAAAGAAACACCGUGGAUGACCCCCUUGGUCUCCGGAUUCUGCUUUGAUGUGGCACAUAGAAAAGGAAGAUGAAGGUUAUUUACUUAUGAUAAACUACACAAAAAAGGACAGAAGGAAUUGAUAAAGUUAACUCCAGAGUGUUUACAUAAACCUUAGUUUUUUGGUUUUUGUGGAAUUGAGAAGUUAAGAGAUGAAUGAUUAAGUUAUAUGUUAUGACUGACCAAACUAAGCCAGAUCCUGUUGGAUAAAUUGUAAUGCUCCCAUCGCUCCCACCACAGGGCAUUGAAGGAAGUUCAAGCAAGUCAGCAAACCAAACCUGAAUGGCCAGAUGUUGGUAUGUUGGGACUCGAGGGACACUGGAAUGGGAGGCUAAGGUCCAUUUUGUCUAUGGAAAUGGAGAGAUGUUGCUGCUAUUUGAGUAAAUUGUACACAAGGUGAAUAACUGAGACACACUGAUGCACUGACCACAUCGCACAGGUAGAUUGAGAGGAUUCUACUGUUAUUUCAAAUAAAAAUAAAGUGUCAUUGGUAAUGUGAGAUUUUUAAACAUGCCCAAAUAGCUACUAUGUUUUUGCGUACGCAAAAUGAAUCCAAGCUUUCUUAACCCAUAUUAAUUUUCUACAAAAAUGCAAGCACCUUGAGUAAAUAUGAUAAUGGUAUAAUAUUGUUUUAUGUGGAACUUGGAGAUGUGUUUCAUUUAUUUGUGAGACUGCUCAUUGUGCUGCCUGUCUAUACAUCGGUUCUAUCGUGUAGUAUACAGUGCAAGGUGACGUGUGACACUAUUAUGAUUUUGCUGUCAUUUGUCCAAGAAAUUGUACUUCUGUUCAUCCUGAAGCUCCAGCAUCCCCAAGCUGACAUUUGCUGUUAUAUCCAUAAUCUUGAGCAACACUCCUGCAAGUUCCCAAUUGAUACCUGACAUCCAUACUGGUUGCCACAGGCUGAACACUGGAAUGUGAACUUUCAGUAAAUGGGAAUGACAUUAGUGUAGAUUAAUUUUUGUUUCCUGGUUAAAAAGAAAUCACUAAAUGUAUGCAUAUGAUUUCUGUGACCACCUAUACAUUUCCCUUUAGGCCUUUAAUUGAUCAGUUCUUCCUGGCUCUGUGUCCAUCAUUUCAGUGUUACCAAGCUGCUUGUCUUCAUAUAGUAGUCUCCAUGUAUGCUAUAUUCUUCGAAAAUAAUUUGAUACCCAUUAACAAAACCGUGUUUGCUCAUAUUUGUGAUGUUCAGUGCUCACAUUACUUGGCAUAGUCGUUUUUCCCAGUGGAAAUAUUUGACACAAUGAUAUCUCAGAACUUACAUGGCUUGACAAUUUUAAAAAAAUAUCGCUUCAUGGAAUGAUUUUUUUUUUCCCCCCUCAACAUCCCAAAAUUAUGGGUGUUAAGUCAAUUAGAAGCUUUUUAUCAAUCUGCUAUGAGCGAGUGUGGCUCAUCCAGCGUUCGUUCCUACUCUGUGCCCAAUGCUGGAUAAUAUACCUUCAUCCCACUCCUUUCGCAGUGAAUCCUGACAUUUAUUUUGCAAGGUUUCCCUGAAGAGACAUAACUUAAAAAAAAAAAUCUUAUUUUUCAUUCACAUAAGAAAUUAUCCUGUGCUUGCAAGAUAUUUUUGUGUGUGCACAAAACAAUAUUUCUAGAAUAUGCGUAUGUAUUUCUGGUAGACCUGUUCUGCUUCUGUAAUGUUGCCUUUGAGUAAAUUUAUAGUUUAUUAAGAUAUUUAAUACCUUUGGAUAAAGCAGUAAAAAGAGCUACUGCCAUACAUUAUCAUGACACAGUUGCUUCCUCUGGAACAUUACUUGAUCUAUAAAAUCUCUACCGCUACUAUAGUAGGGAUCUGUGUUACAUCUCCCGACUUCUGGAUUUUGACAGGGUAGGCCAAUAAAUUUCUUUAUAUGAUGGGUACAUCAAAAAGUAAAGGCAAUUUUUAAAUUACACGUUAGCCGAAACGGAUAGAAGCGACACAAUACAACACGUUUGCAGUGGCUUAUGAGUAGUUUGAACGCAUGCAGCGCCGCUGUCUGCCAUUAGUCUAUUUGAAGCCAAGGGCAAAAGAAUGUGGAUGUUGUGUUUCGGGGUUGCACCAUUUUCAAGCAACACAUCAUGGUGAGGAUUCUUUGGGCAGAUGGAAUGAAACCUGCUGAUGUUGGCUCAGUAUGAAAGUGAAAACCACAUAACUCAUUGAAAAUUUUAGAAAUGGCUGCAAAGAUUUAAAGGACAAGUGUAACCAACAAAGCUCGAUCUGGUUGACCAUUAACAUCUGACGCACACUCUCACAUCAUCAUGGUGAAUGCCUUCAUCAGAGAAGACCGACAGAUCACAUUGUGUGCUGUUGCUGCACAUAUGGAUAUCGGCUAUGGAUGUGGAUCUGCACAAGGGGGGCACAGUAAUGUUUGCACAAGAUGUGUACCCAAGCAGCUUACUGAUCUGCACAAGCCAACCUUUUUUUUUGGUAUUGCCCCUUUAGUGGCUCUGUAAUCUUAUAUAUAAGUUCUUUUCCACGUAUUGUCUUUAAUUAGGCCUUUUCAUGCCCUGGCUGUUUUAUUUUUUCAGAGCAAUAUCCUACUAGCACCAUAAGAAAGCAACUGGGAAAAUACACAGUGGAAAUGCAAUCAUUUUAGAAGUGGUUUUGGCCAAAGGGAAUGAUUAGAUAAUCUUGGGCAGUCGUCACCACAGAAUUCUUACAAAUUUCAAGAAUUUGGAGGAGUUGUCUUCUGUUUUUAGUAGUGACAAGAUUUCAAGGCAGAUUAUGCACCUCCAGUCCACGUUAUAGAGAUGAUUGUAGCCCAUGGGUAUUUGAAACUGCUGCUCCUGCAAAGCAAAAGCUGAAAGUGAGUAUUAUUAUUAGGCUGGCAUAUCUUAGCCAGAGGGCAAACUCUGCUGUGUUUUUGGCGAUUUUCAGCAGAAAGACCGUUGCAUACAACAGAAGAAAUCAAUAUCCACUGAAUCUUCCUGCUGCUAAAAUGAAGGGAACAGACACACGUCUUCAUAAACUCAGCCUGCUGUGCUGUGGAUUUUCUAUAAAGGGCUAUCCUCCAUUUUAGUGUUUUGGGAUUCAGAUAUAUGUCCUGUUUAUAACAUGUCCUAAUUUUUAACAAAAUAAAACCAGUUCAUUUGACAAUCGGA